GAGCUGCUGUUAGUUUGCGCUGUGUUUAUUGUUAAGGUUGUGUGGAUCAGCACUGCGGUACCGCUUUGAGUUCAUGAGACCCGCAGCGGGCUGCAGGAGGAGGCGAGGCACCGGGAUCUAAUAUUGCUUCCUGGGAUGCCAGCUGGAGUUUCCAGGAGAAAGAAUUUACAGACGAAGACAUGAACGGAGGAGUGAUGGAGCACCAGCCAUGAGAAAACACCAGAACUGAUCCUGACCUGCUUCCAACCUUCACCUCGGCGAUGGCCAACUCGGUGGCCCUAGUGGUCCAGGCGGAGCUCCUCCCCCCUCAGUCCGCCGCCUCGCUGUCUCCGUUCCCGUCGCUACUCGGCUCGGCGGAGGACGGCGAGGACGAGCGGGAGCGAGGGGAGCUGGUGGAGGCGGACAAGGGCGUUGCCGAGGGCGGGGAGGAGGUGGUCCUGGACAUGGUGUCGGCGCCGGCACAGCAGCCCGAGCAGUCCGACCACCCCUUCCAGUGUCUGGACUGCGGGAAGAGCUUCAGGUGGUCGUCCAGGUUGACGCAUCACCUGCGGAGCCACAACAACGAGAGACCGUACCGCUGCAACCUGUGCCCCAAGGCCUUCAAAGGCUCCUCGGCUCUGCUCUACCACCAACGGUCUCACUCAGGGGAGAAGCCUUAUAAAUGUCAGGACUGUGGAAAAGCCUUCAAACGCUCGUCUCUGCUCCAGGUCCAUCAGAGCGUCCACACCGGCGUUCGGACCUUCCUGUGCCCCUACUGCCCCCUGACCUUCAAAUGGAGCUCCCACUACCAGUACCACCUGAGGCAGCACACCGGCGAGUGCCCGUACCCCUGCGACACCUGCCCCAAGGCCUUCAAGAACUCCAGCAGCCUACGGCGACACAAGAAUGUGCACCUGGGCCUGAAGCCCUACACCUGCUCGGUGUGCAACAAGUCCUUCACUCAGUCCACCAACCUGCGGCAGCACAUGAGGAUCCACACCGGCGAGCGGCCCUACAUCUGCAGCGAGUGCGGACGCAGCUUCACGCAUUCGUCCAACCUGGCGCUGCACAAGAACUCGCACGCCAACCUGAGCGCCGCCGGGAAGGAGGCGAAGAGGGCCGAGGACGGGAGGAAGGGGAGCGACGUGGUGGAGGUGGUGGUUGGCGCCGAGGAGGUCACGUCCUCCAUGCUGACGGACAUGGUGGGCUUUGUGAGCCAGGAGGGAGCCGAUGGAGUUGGCGUAGGGAUGGAGGAGGUGUUCCUGUCCACCACCUCCUCCGGCCAGACUCAGGGCCUCCUCCCCCAGCUCACCCUCGCCCCCUCUGGGGAGGACGUGUGCACGUCCAGGGCCAUCGGGACGGAAGUCCACCUGAGCACCGACACCGGCGCCAGCGUGCUGCUGUACAGCUGCGGCAGCUGCAGCCACACAUUCAGCACCAGGACGGACCUGGAGGAGCACCAGUCCAUCCACAUGGCUCCGGGGGAGCACGGUGCCGGUGGAGAGGCGGGUCAUGGAGCCGGGAUGGAGGUCGGGGACGGCCUGGUGGGAGCUGGACACCUGCUGGCCGACUUCGAGGAGGUGGUGGAGACGACUACGGUGGCUGAGGGGGGACACACAACAGAGGUGCUGCUGGGACUGACGGAGGGAACCGACAGCAGCAACGCAAAUGUCGGCACCACCCAGGCCCAGUUUGACCUGCUGCAGAGCUUCACCGAGGUGACUCAGAGCUCUGAGGCCGCCCAGCCAGAGGCCAGAACCACAUGGGCAGGGCUGUCAUGUGGCUACUGCAAUAAGACCUUCAAGACCAGCGGAGGCCUCAACAGACAUGUGUCGCUGAUGCACUCCCUGUCGUCGCAGUCCCGCUCCCAGUUCAGCUGCUCGGCCUGCGACCGCUCCUUCCCCCUGCUCUCCUCCCUCCUCACCCACCAGCACUCCCACACCCCCGAGCAGCGGCUGCUGGCCGAGGCCGAGGCCGAGAUCGUGUGUCCGCCGUCGCUCUCCCUGUCGCUGCCGCUGCCCUCGUCUCCCAGCCGGGCCGACAAGCAGCAGGAGGGCCAGCGGGAGAUCCACGUGGACAUCAUCGCCGUCGGGGAGGAGCAGGAGGAGCAGCCGGUCAAAGUCAGCAAAGCUCACAAGAAGACGGGACCCAGCAAGAGCGCCGCUGCUGGAGAGAGGCCAUACCGCUGCCCCGAGUGCGGAAAAGCCUUCAAAGGUUCGUCGGGGCUGAAGUACCACAUGAGGGAUCACACUGGGGAAAGGCCCUACCGCUGCACCGAGUGUGGGAAGAGCUUCAAGAGAUCCUCGCUGCUCUCCAUCCACCAGAGGGUGCACACAGGCGUCCGGGCCUUCCAGUGCCCUCACUGUCCUCUCACCUUCAAGUGGAGCUCUCACUACCAGUACCACCUGCGGCAGCACACCGGCGAGCGGCCGUACGUCUGCAAAGAAUGCGGAAAGUCCUUCAAGAACACCAGCUGCCUGCGAAGGCACAGCCAGAUGCACUCGGGUCUGCGGCCUCACACCUGCUCCAUCUGCUCCAAGUCCUUCUCCCAGACGUCCAACCUGAAGCAGCACGAGCGGACCCAUUCAGGAGAGAGGCCCUUCCAGUGCACACACUGCAGCAAGAGCUUCACGCACUCCUCCAACCUGCAGCUCCACCUGCGCACACACUCCUCGCGCAAAGACUACAAGUGUCCGUACUGCUCCAAGGAGUUCGUCAUGCACUCGUACCUGCAGAGGCACAUCCGGACCCACGGCAGCGGCGUCUCCCUGCCGAGCCCCGGCGGUGGCGGCGGAGGCAAAGAUGGCGUUUCGGUGAAGGCCAGCGUGGGAGGGGUGACCACCACCACCACCCUGCUCAACCCCAUCACCCUGGAAGCCUCAGGAAGCAGCGGCAGCCUGAUUGUGUCCCAGCCGGCGCUCAAUAUUCCCCCCAACACCUCCCAGAACUACUUCAUGAUCCAGACGGCCAGCGGCCUGCAGCUCAUCCCGCUGUCGUCCCCGACGCCGGCUCCUCCGCCUCCCCCGCCGCCGCCGCCUCCCUCGCAGAACUUCCUCCUCCUGCAGUGUCCCGCCAACAACGGCAGCCAGUCCAGCCUGAUUCUGCUGCCGACGGCCAACAACCCUCCGGCGGCUCCGGAGCCGCAGAGCCUCCCCGUCCUGCAGACCAUCCAGACAUUCCAGCCCGUCCUGAACCAAGCGCAGCCUCAGAUGGCCCAGUUUCCAUCCGUGUCCCAGCAGCAGCAGCAGCAGCAGCAGACCAGGAUCAUCAUCACCAACAACAACAACACACACACUCCUGUUGCCACGGCGACACACAACCUCUCCACCAGCUACCUGCUCAACAAGCCCAUCCUGGGGAAGAGCACGAGGACGGCUCGGGGCCGCCGGGGACGAAAACCCAAAGCUGCGCUUCAGAAACCUUCGACUCCGCCGGUUACAAACGGCCACGUUACCGUAGCGACCACAGAGUCACCGCUGCCUCCUCCCGUUUCCACAACAACUGUCCCCCCCUCCAGCACCGCAGCCCCCACAGUGGACACCUCAGGACCCCCACCCAGUGUUACCACGGCACCCGCCCCAGAGAGCAGGCCUCACCCCUCCACAGAGCAAAUGAGGACAGAGGAAAGUAUGACGGGGAAGCAGUUUGUGUUGUGCUUCGAUAAUGAAGGCCAGGCGAAGGAGGGGGUGAGGAUGGGGGAGGGCGGGGAGUCGUAUGUGCUGCAGUUCGAGGGGAAUCCGUCGGGGGAGGCAGCGGGUGGAGGGAUGGGUGGGGACAGAAAGUCGCUGGUGCUGCAGUUCAAAACAGAUGGCGAAGGUGAGGGGGAGAAGGGGGGAGAUAAGGGAGGCAUGAUGUCGCUGCUGCACGAGUGGGGCGGAGGGAAGCCGGGGGAGAGGAUGGCCGGGGGGGAGGGAGGCCAGGGGGAGUCCUACGUCCUGCACUUCCACACCGAGACGCAGGACGGCGCUUCGUCUGCCGCCGCCUUCAGCCAGGGCCGAGACAGCAGCCUGCAGCUUUCCUGCGCUCCGACCCAGAGCCUGGUGCCCCUGGAUGGGCAGGAGGUGGUGUUCGAGCUGGGCGGGGAGGCCAAGAUGGAGCAGGAGGCCGAGGAGGGGAUGCAGAUGAUCGCUCUGAUAGAAGGCGAGGGAGGGAUGAUGGGGGAGGAGGAGGCGGCCUGCAGCGCUGCGAGCGGCGGUGGAGGCGUCACCGAGGGUGGAGCGGCGGCGGCGGCCAUGGAGGGAAUAUUUCAGCUGGAGAGCGGGGACGAGAUCGUCAUCAUCGAGGUGAGCACCAGCAGCCUGAGGGAGGGACGGGUGGAGCGAGGAGGGGAGGCCGAGAUCUCGCAGGGCGGGGAGGUGAAGUACGAAGCAGCAGAGGCGAAGGAGAGGAAGGAGCAGGAGGACGCUGAGGCGCUGCAGAGCGAAGACACCAUCAGAAACGGACCUAUCAGCAAAGAGAUGCUCUAACUGAGGCGCGUGAGUGUGUGUGUGCGUGUGUGUGCGUGUGUGUGUGCGGUUUGUUAGCACUUUAGUCAGCUGAGUUCUCCUGGACGCUGAGAGAACGUGCAGGUAGACGGUGUGUCGUCGCAAAGCCAUGAAAUGUUAUACAUUCAGACGGCUGCACACGGACCUCCGAUAUUCCUAAAAUAUAUAUUAGUUUAAAUUAUACUGUCUCCGGCAGUUUGUUUAUGAAGUAAUUAUGUUUUUUUGUGAAUAAAUGUUGUACAUGGCCGACUUUCUUCACAAUGUUAAUAGUAACUAAUUAUUAAUAAACCUGUUAAUACCUUU